AUGGUUGGACCAGUUGUAAGAAUAUUGGAACCCACUAUUCGACUCAGACCCUCCCAGGACGGGGAGUCAACCAGUCAAAGGCCAGGAAAGAAAAGGCCAGGAAAGAAAAGGCCAGGCAAGAAAAGGUCAGGAAAGAAAAGGCCAGGAAAGAAAAGGUCAGGAAAGAAAAGGCCAGGAAAGAAAAGGCCAGGAAAGAAAAGGCCAGGAAAGAAAAGGCCAGGAAAGAAAAGGUCAGGAAAGAAAAGGCCAGGAAAUAAAAGGCCAGGAGAGAAAAGGCCAGGAGAGAAAAGGUCAGGAAAGAAAAGGCCUGGAGAGAAAAGGCCAGGAAAGAAAAGGCCAGGAAAGAAAAGGCCAGGAAAGAAAAGGCCAGGAAAGAAAAGGCCAGGAAAUAAAAGGCCAGGAAAGAAAAGGCCAGGAAAGAAAAGGCCAGGAAAGAAAAGGCCAGGGAAGAAAAGGCCAGGGAAGAAAAGGCCAGGAAAGAAAAGGCCAGGAAAGAAAAGGCCAGGAAAGAAAAGGCCAGGAAAGAAAAGGCCAGGAAAGAAAAGGCCAGGAAAGAAAAGGCCAGGAAAGAAAAGGCCAGGAAAGAAAAGGCCAGGAAAGAAAAGACCAGGAAAGAAAAGGCCAGGAAAGAAAAGGCCAGGGAAGGCCAGAAAAGAAAAGGCCAGGAAAGAAAAGGCCAGGAAAGAAAAGGCCAGAAAAGAAAAGGCCAGGAAAGAAAAGGCCAGGAAAGAAAAGGCCAGGAAAGAAAAGGCCAGGGAAGAAAAGGCCAGGAAAGAAGUAGUUGGGUGA